GCACGGCAGAUCUACAGUGAAUUACACGUCGUUUAAAUAUGUUAUUUUGUCAAAAUAACGUGAGAGCGAAAUUAGGUCAAAGCCGCUUUUCAGAAACACAAACAACAUUCGCGUUUUCGUGACGUCACACAAAUGUAGUUUUCUCCAUUCGCUCUUAAUACAAUAGUAAAUAACAAUGGUGACAUAUCAAGUAAUCUCCCCUUGAAUACAAGUGUCUUUAUGUAAAGAUGUGUUAAACACCAUUGUGUGCUUUCCCCCCCCUGUUUGUGCGGUUAAAGGUAAUGUUUGCAGGUGAGGCGUGGACUACAUGUCCCAGAAGACACCGGGGGGCCAUUGCAAGUGUUGAGGGGAGACGAGACUCAUUUCAGCAACAUUCUUCUUCCCCCGUUCUUCUGUCAGGGCGUUUUAAACUACGUUUCUGACUCGUCGUCGGAGUUGUGGUUUUGCUGACAUUUCAGAGCAGUAGUUGUGAUUUUAUUCUCUCAUCUGAGGCUCGGGAGGAAUCAUAAACGAAUCUCGACGAGGUAAAGUCGUCCGGGAGCCUGUGAGCUAGUUUACAUUAGCCAGCAGCUACCAGUAGAUUUACAGCUUAUGUCCUGCCAGGUAGAUCAACUAAAGACAAUGGUUUGUUCAGCUCACCAAUACCAAAGUAUCCAUCACACUUGUGAAUAAUCCAUCUGGAUCAGGGGGGAAAUCAACGCAACCUUUGUUUGACUUAUACAGCCCGGUUGGUUUGGCCUGGUUCAUUGUCUCCAAACAUCGAAAACAGGCAAGUGUUGUUGUUUUUCAGUGUCAGUAAACAAACAUAAUCUUAAAAAGGCUACCUAGUUCAGGAUGGCGCAACAAGAGCGCACUCAUGUAGCCAGUUCACAGAAAGCACUCAUGUUGGAGAUGAAGAGCCUCCAGGAGGAGCCUGUCGAGGGGUUCAAGAUAACACUGGUGGACGAGGCUGACAUGUACAACUGGGAAGUGGCCAUCUUCGGGCCCCCAAACACCCACUAUGAAGGGGGGUAUUUUAAGGCUCGGAUCAAGUUCCCAAUAGACUACCCUUACUCCCCACCUGCCUUCCGGUUCCUCACCAAGAUGUGGCACCCCAACAUCUAUGAGAAUGGAGAUGUGUGUAUUUCUAUAUUGCACCCUCCAGUGGACGACCCGCAGAGCGGAGAGCUGCCUUCAGAGAGGUGGAAUCCCACCCAGAAUGUCCGGACAAUUUUGCUGAGUGUGAUCUCUCUGCUGAACGAACCCAACACCUUCUCCCCCGCCAAUGUGGACGCCUCCGUCAUGUACCGCAAAUGGAGGGACAGCAAGGGCAAGGACCGGGAAUACGUAGAGAUCAUCAGGAAACAGGUUUUGGCCACCAAGGCAGAAGCUGAGCGCGACGGCGUGAAGGUGCCCACCACCCUAGCCGAGUACUGCGUCCGCACACGCGCCCCGGCCCCCGACGAAGGCUCCGACCUCUUCUAUGACUAUUACUAUGACGACGACGAUGUGGAUGGCGAGGACGGCGACUGCUGCUACGAUGAAGAUGACUCGGGCAACGAGGAGUCGUGACGUGCUCUUUAACUGCAUCCCAACCGUAGCUGUCACACGCUACCCGUUUUUUCUGUCUGGGUUGGCAGAAAAAGUCUUGGUCGACACCCAAGAAAGAUUUGAAGCUUCCCACUUCUAAACCAAUGAAAAGAGCUGUUUUCUCCUGACUCUCUGAAUUAUUUUCAGAGGCAAAAAUCGAUGCACUGUUGUGGAAAGGUCAGACCUGGUAAAAUUUGCACCAGCACAAAAGUCACUAGUUUCCUGAGUUUUACAGACAUUAUCCUUUUAAUUAUCACCUAAAACCUUACUUUCAGAGAAUAUUACUUCAUCCUAUUGAGUUGUCCAGUCUCCUGUACAGUUGAUAGUAUUGUGGGGUUGAUACCACUUUUAACAUCGCAAUAUUUGCACUGGUGCAAACACUUCCAAACUUUACUCAGCAUUUAUGGUGUCUCACAUAUCUUUAUUUCCCUAAUUGUAACUGGCUGUUGCUCCCCAGAAGUCGUUCUCAGUGACUUGACAGGAGACUGAGGGCUUCAAGCAGCCUGUGUUUGUUCUGAACAAUCUACCGCAAAUCCAUUGAAUCAGACAUUUCCAAGUUUCACAAUCUGUCGAGCUUCGAUAUGACUGGAUGUCACAGGACAAUGUUUCUAAAGUUCUUGUGCAUGCCGGAACAUGAUCAGAAGCUUUUUGUCCCUUUUACUGAUGGACCAUUAAACCUUCAUCAUGAUCCGUUUUCAGCUCGGUGAGAAGAAAGACUAGUGUUGACUGAGAUACCAGAGAACUUUGUUUCUGGAGGACCGGCUGGCAGGCUGAGUCAGUGGGUCAAAUCCUCGUGAACAGUUUUGGUAACAAGAAAUUUAUCUUUUGCUGUGUUUCUUCUGGUUACUGUUGGAUGUGUUUUCUGUGUCAUUUUGAGUGUGGGGUUAUGUUAUAUGAAGUAGCUCAGAUUUAAUAGUGAUGUAGGGAAGUUAUUCAGGGGGCAGAGCUAAUUACUGAUCAGAAUUGUAUUUCUCCUCAGGUUUGCUCUCUGAGAGGCCUGAUGGAGCCAAAGACGUAAAGCAGUGUAACAGAAAGCCCAAACUGACUGUGGUAAUCUUGUCUUUGGUUGCUUUCUUGCAGGCUUUGUUAUUUUAGUCUCUUUAUUUUGUUAGACAUUAUGCCUGCACUCUUUUGCUUGGAAUGAUUUAUGUGAUGACAUUUGGUUUGAUUGGCAAAAAAUGCUUCUAUAGGAAAAAUGUCUGUCAAAAAAAGUGUUGUUGCAGUAUCGGUCAGAAUUAUAAAAGUUUCUCAGCCCCUGAAGUGAAAGAGAACAAGGCCGCCAUUUUCUGUUGUCAUUUCUUUGCUCUGUGUUAGCAGAGAGUAGACUGAUUUUUAUAUCAUUUUUAGAGUGCAUGGGUUUUUUUGUGUAUUUUUGCAUAAGCAAUUUUGAUUGUUUAAUUAACUCAAAUUAGGACUUCAUACUGAAUUUCUCAGGAUAAUGAAUUACAUAUGAUAAAACACUUAAUACAAGCAACUAUUUUACUCUUUUAGGUGGUCUUCAGAGUUGGUUUACAGCUUCAACAAGAACCAUAACUGAUAUGCACAUGUAGCUGUAUGGAUGAUUGCUGUAUUGUUUUAUUCACCUGUGUUUAUUUUUUAUUUUCGGCUAUUUAAACUGAAAAAUAAAGAUUUAUUG